AUGGACAGAUACUGGACAAGAAUGACAAAAAAGCUACAAGCGCGGCAGGCACAAAAAGUCGAUUCUAGGCCGUUGAUGCUAGUUGCCCUGCUCCGUAUUGAAUGCGAAGCGUCUGCGACCACGAGUGGGGUGCCCUACAUUGUCGACUGCUCCGAGCCAAUGAGGGAUUACAACGUGAUCCGUGAUCAGUCCCACCUUCACCCCCGCCGGAGACCAAGGUCGAUUGAAUGCGAGAGCAAUCUAGGAAGAGGGAUUCCCCGCCACCAUGGACAGUACCGUUCCCCAGCCACAGUCAGGGGAGUAGAAGGCCCUUUCCUCCUCACUAAAGUCGCCGAGGAGGCACGACAGCGACUCGCCACAUGGGCCCGUGACCAUGCCGUUCCAUCCAAGGACUACUUCGUUGAUGAACAGGGCGAUCGAACAUAUAAAAUAGAGAGUUUGAAACCCUUGGUGGAGCCUCUCCUGCGAGAGAUGAACUUAGCGGAAUGGAAAUACACGAUGCAUCGAGAGUCGGAUAUCAGGCUCAUCCCUGUCAACCAUCCAACCUACGCAAUUCCCAUCAAUGUCAUUACCGGCGUUCCCCAAAUCAAAGAUCUGGCCAGUAACGUCGUAACGCUGUUGGUGGGAUACUUUUUUACGCUCUCCGAAGACGUCCUCAUCCUUCCCCAAGCAGACUACCUGGUGGUGAAGAGGAUGAGAUAA